AUGCUUGACACUUUCCAGACGGGCAGAAAACGCGUCUCUAACGGCUCUAUCGCCGCUAAAGCUCCACCCAAAAAGCGCGCCCGAGUCGCCCCAUCAGGCUCCGCCAGCCAGCCGAUAUCUAUUGGUGACACUCAGCAGCCAUCUCCAUCUCCAUCUACUCCAUCUACGCCGUUUCCGCCGCCGCCGCCGGCCUCCUACGUUUCUACUUUCGAGUCACAACUCCGCGAUUCCCGCCCCGAAGCUGAGAUCGUAGCGCCUUUCGAGGGCAGCGAGGAGGCAACUGUUGCCUCAUCAAAUACAGCAAAUGAGGCCUCACCUCACAUGGAUGAGGCGCUCGAUGGAGACUUUGAGGACAACUACGAGGGCAUAGAUUGGGAUCGCUUGCCUCGUGUUAUCAAGCCGCCUACAACCUCGCGCCGCACGCCAAGCUGGAUAUAUCGACAUGGCUAUCGAGUUGUACUUCGAUCUGACAUGACUACAACGUACUUUAUCUGCAAGUUCUGCCACAUCCACAAGUAUAUUGACGCUGGGCUUGCUGGUGUUUAUCCAUCAGCUGCAACUACAGCAGCAGCGCGCCACCUCUGCGAGAAUCGACCUGGCCCAGUGCUGAGACAACUAAGUUGA